AUGUCAACGCGUACAGUAUCCAGUAUCCCCGCGCUUCGAAAUUGUCCAUCUUGUGAUGUCUCCACCCUAUCCGGAUCCUCUUUCACCCCAACCGCUACCCAAACCCCAGGGACCGCCUAUUUUUUGAGAGGUGUGGACCCGGUGAACUGGUGCGACGUGGCCCAAAUCAAUUGCAUCCCCGAGGAUGGAAGUCGGCAGACAGUUGCCAUUAAUGUUAUUGUGGAUUCCGUGAGCACGCAACUGGCAACCGGCUGUGCUAGUGCGAAUUCUGUGGCAAACGCGCUCCUCUGCAGUACUGGAAAUGUUUGGACCUAUAAGUGA